CCCCCUUCUUAAAUCUUUACUCGCCGGCCCAUAAAUUUUCAAUUACUCUUUUCAUUCACAAACAAACAGCGGCCUCUCUCUCAACUAUCCACACCUACCCACACAUUCCCACAAUGGAUUCACCAAACGUUGAACUACUGUCCGCGCUUGCCACACUUCUUCAAAAUGGCAAAUAUUCAGACCUGACCAUUGUCUGUGGCAUGAAAAGAUACUCAGUGCACCGCGCCCUCGUGUGCUCAAGAUCCGAAUUCUUCGACGGCGCGUGCCGAAAUUCCUUCAAGGAAUCAGAGACAGGCGUUAUCGACCUUACUGAAGACGAUGCAGAGGCUGUUGAGCAUAUGGUCCACUACUUCUACCAUCUGGACUAUCUUAACAAGCCGUUGUCCCGCCGCUCCUCCCAGCGCUCCUCCCGACCGACCUCACCAACGACAUCGCGUCUGCCGACACGGCGGCGGACUAAGAAACUCAACCUCUUGAUGGUGGAAGAUCCACUUCUCGCAACAAUGGCGGCAGCUAGCGCUGCGCGCGAUCCUAUGACACCCCCAGACGAACAGCCGAACCACUACCUCGAGAGCAUCGACUCAGCAAAGUUCCCGGACACCCCAAUGGAGCAAGAAUUUGAGGAGGACCCCUUCGAGACGGCGCAGGCGGAACCAGAGUCGAACGUCGAGAAGCCCUACCUGGUGACCCACGCCAAAGUAUACGCAAUUGCGGAGAAAUAUGGGAUUUCCGGCCUAAAAUCGCUCGCCAGGAAGAAGUUUGCACACCAGAUCGAGCUCCACUUCAGCAGCUCCGAGCUCCCCGAGGCGUGCCAAGAGGCAUACGAGACAACCGUGGAUAGCGACCGAGGACUACGGGAUGUUAUCAUCCAGACCUUCCGUGCUCACCCUGAGCUCUCUCUCCGCAAGGAUGUCGAGCUCGCCGUGCGCGAGACACCCAGUUUAGCCUUUGAAUUAUUCAGGAUGGCUAGCGGCUUGCCAGUUUUCUCAUAGACUUUCUGGAGAAGCUGUUGCACCUUUUAUUUUCGACACCUGCUAUUAUUAUACAACCGAGAGGUUUCACCCAUGUCGUUUCGCGGUCGUUCUAUUUAUGUGCCAUGAUAAAAUAUGGUUCAUGACACU